AUGGCUUCUCAAACUCACACUCUACCUCCUCUCCCCUACGCCUACGAUGCGUUGGAGCCGAUCAUCUCCAAGCAGAUAAUGGAGCUGCACCAUCAGAAGCACCAUCAGACAUACAUCACCAACCUGAACGCAGCACUUUCUGCCCAAGCCUCUGCAACAGCAUCAAAUGACGUCCCCACCUUGAUCUCAUUGCAACAAAAGCUCCGCUUCCACGGCGGCGGUCACAUCAACCACUCCCUGUUCUGGAAGAACUUGACUCCCCCCGGCACGCCCGGGAAUGACAUUGGCGGCGCUCCCGCUCUGCGCGAAGCUAUCAUCUCCCGCUGGGGUUCGCAUGAGGCAUUUGUCAAGGCUUUUGGAGCCGAGCUGCUCGGUCUUCAGGGGAGUGGCUGGGGAUGGCUGGUGAGCAAGGGUGGUGCUAAGGGACGACUUGAGAUUGUGACUACUAAGGAUCAGGACCCUAUCAAUGCGCCUGAUGUGCCUAUCUUUGGUGUGGAUAUGUGGGAGCAUGCCUACUAUCUCCAGUACUUGAACAACAAGGCUGGUUAUGUCGAGGGAAUUUGGAAGAUCAUUAACUGGGCGGAAGCGGAGAAGCGCUACACUGCUGGUGUGGAGAACCCGCUGAAGCUGUGA